GAGAAAAAGAUGUGAUAACCUAAACCACGAUAUACCCGAUCGAUUCCAUGAUUGUAUAAAUCACAUUAUAUUCCGAAUGUCAAUCCCUACAACUUCACAUGCUUUCCCUGAUCUUUCAUUUGUAACCGAAGACGAUCCUAAAGUAGAAAGAGCGAAUUUGUCCCUUAUUCUCGAUAGAUACAAGGAUAGGUUCAAGGAUUUGCCCAAGGUGGAAAAAGGUUGGCUAUCAAAAAGUAUGAACUUGUAUCAAGGCCAUUGGUACUCAUCGUCGGGCGUAAUCUCAAUUGGAACGGUUUUGGCUUCACAAGAUGCUUUCCAAGCUCAUCCUAGUGAUCUCUACUUGGCUACACCACCAAAAUGUGGCACAACAUGGCUCAAGGCCCUCGUGUUUGCUAUAGUGAAUCGAACCAAGUACAAAAAUAACUCUAAUCCUUUACUCGUCUCUAAUCCACAUGAUUGUUUGCCUUUUAUUGAAAAUGAAAUAUUAAGAAACAAGCCUACUUAUAAUGUUGAUUCUCAACCUCGUCUCUUUGCCACGCAUAUGUCUUAUCUUGCAUUGCCUCAGUCAGUUCUUGAUUCCGGGUGUAGCCUAGUUUAUAUGUGUAGAAACCCCAAAGAUGUUUUGGUUUCUACAUUUCACUUUGUAAACAAAGUUAGAGACAAAUCUCUUGGUGUAAUGACAAUCGAAGAAGCGUUUGAGUUGUUUAGUAAAGGUUUCACGCCAUGCGGUCCUUUUUGGGAUCAUGUGAAAGAAUACUAUAAGGCUAGUUUAGACCACCCGGAAAAGAUUUUAUUUUUAACAUACGAAAACUUGCAAAAGGACACCAUAAGUAAUGUAAAACGUAUUGCCGAGUUCUUGGGUUAUCCGUUCACAAAAGAGGAAGAAGUCGAAGGUGUGGUGGAAGAGAUUGUGAGUCUAUGCAGUUUCGAGAAUUUAAGGGAGCAUAACCAGCAGGGGAUUAAACGUGACGGUUUGCCAAAUGAUGCCUUUUUUAGAAAGGGGAAAGUUGGAGAUUGGAGCAACUAUCUCACAAAUGAUAUGAGCCAGAUUUUAGACCAAAUUACCGAAGAAAAAUUUCUAGGUUUGGACAUCUCGUUUUAAGUAGGUGUGUGUCCAUUCUUGCAUCUCGUUUCAACCAUUAAUUUAUACUAAGCAGUUUAUACUAUUCAAGAGUCCACCUACAUAUAUAUAUUUUUCUAGCUCCAUAAUUAAAAAAUAUAAAAUGAAAGAAUGGUUGUAUUGAAUAAUUGUGCUACUUUUGUUUUUUAAUGUGAAAUAUGGUUGUAUUUAAUAAAUUUAUUAAUGAUUUGUACUACUUUUGUUUGUUAUAGGU